CAGUAUUUCAUCCCAUCUUUUGACCUUCCAUCCAACUAGACAUUGUCCAUACAGCAACUCGACUUAUUCUUGUAUACAACCCCAACACCACGCCCAAGACCAUGAUAUAUCUGCCUAGGUGAACGCAAAGUCAACUGGAUAAAUACUGCUCGAAACUGAGAGUGACGGUCAUCCUCGCACCAGCUCACGGACUCGGGUCCACGGGGAGCUAGAGCGGUCUGAAGGGGAGGUCAAAUCAGUCGCGGGGGACACUUCUCAUCCAGCCCGGUCCUAACGCGGUGGACAGGCUGGAUCUACGGAUAUUGAUUCAUUAUUCCUCCUCCAAACUUUCUCAUGUCCGAUAGGGAGAGGUUGAGGGAGCCACGAGCACACUCGAGCCAUCAUGCCUCUUCAUCAUCAGGCUCGGGAGGGCUCUUCAUGGGUCUCUUUGGAGGUUCCAAAAAGGCUUCAGCGACCACCACAGCCACCGCUUCGACUUCUUCCUCUGCUACAGCAUCAUCAUCAGCAGCAGCAAAAACGGCAGCUUCGCGACAAGUGACGAAGAGGGAUUCACUAGAAGAGAUGAGGAGUCCAAAGUCGCUUUCACCUCAUCUACCCGGGAGCGACGCUCUAGGCGUGCGUCGGACCCAAUCUCCCGCUCCUUUCGACUUUCAAUCUAAUUUGUUGGCGUUGCAACCUGGCAACGGUCAAUCUCCCGCUCGACUCGUGGAAAUCAUCAAUACCAUUGCAACGUGGUUAUACAAUCUACAUGUCACUUCAGACGAUGUCUUUGCACCUCCAGCACCAGAUCUAAAGCCACCCAUCACUCCAGCAGAUAUUCGAACACUGUACAUUAGGGCCUUUGCUUACGCUCAGUCCAAUGUCGAUUCUCCCCUGCGUACCGCUUCCAUCCGUCUGUUAGCGGUCCUCAUCGAGACUUUGUCACCUUCAAAGAUGACAGCAGAAGGGGACAAGGCGAUAUUACCAGAUUCGAUCAAUCCUCGAUCACUGUUCUAUCUCAUCACCGCUCCUACAGACCAAUCCCAGACCAUCUCGAGAGACAAUGCCUUUUUCGUGGAACUAGGAGCCCUCAAAGCCUUGACAAAGAACGGAGCCCAUGUCGAAGGCAUGGUAGGCUUGGUAGGGAGACUUUUACGAGGUCUUGGAGAGAUUCAGGAUGAUUGGGCAGCCUGGUGCAUGCAGCCAGAGGACCGGCUCGCGUUGCAGGAGUGGUCAGUGGACGCAUCGAAGACGAGGGAUACGACUCGUAUCCGAGUUGCAUCACCCGCCGACACCGCCAUGGCUGUGUUUGAGCUACUGUGUGCUAUCAUGUCAUCCCACGCUUCAUUACUCCUUCGAUCAGACUUUGACAAGAUUAUCAACACCCUUAUCUCGUUUGUCAUUGUCGGAAUCAACGCCUCUGUCACGGCUCAUCUCGACAACCCAUUGUCAUCAUCAAAUGUCAUCUUGUCUCGCAACUCAUCGCUCAGGGAAGCACACCUCCCAUCUUCGUCCAUCAUCACUACUCCAUCCCCAACUGCAAUGACUGGAUCGGGUCUUCUGCAACGGAGUGGCUCAACACUUCGACGCACUCGAGAAGAUCGUAUGAACUCUGGUAGCCCGCCUGCCAAAUCCAUCUCCAAAUCUGCCGUCUCACCGCAAGGUGUCACAUCACCUCGAUCUUUUCCAUCCGCUACAAUCGGCCUAAGAUCUCCGUCCCCGCACACAUUGAGAGAACGAGAUCCUGCCAAAUGGUCGCGGAUCAUCCCGUCCUUGACCGCCGUUUUCGAAACCGCUCUGAACAAUUCAAUCAUUGGAAAACAAUUGCUCAAGCAAAUGAUCGCAUUUAUCUGUUUCUGCUUUGGCCAGGAUGAGGACGAAUACGUGCCAGAGUCAAUAUGGGAGACAUUGUCCGAUGUAUGUGGACUCAUGCUGAUCCGCAAAUCUGGUUGGAAAGGGCAAGAAAUUUUGAAGGAAGUGCUGGAAGGGAAGGCAUCUCUCAAAGUGGAUGGCAAAAUCGCUAGUGCCCAAGCCGACCGUAAAUUGGCCAGAGGUGCUGUUAUCGCUUCAAGGUUCCUCUUGGGUCGCGUGCAUGCCCAACCGAGCGAUACGAAGGCGACCAUGUCGUUUCCAAACCUUGCUCCUUGGCUCAAAGCUGCUGAAUCGAGCUCGCGAUUUCCAGCUUCAGAAGAUCUCAGCAAGCGGACGGACUGGUUAACGGUAGAUCUGGAAAUUCUCGCCUUGAUCCAGGACAACCUGUUCGCUAUUGAAGAAGGUCAAGCGGGUGGGUCGAAUGGUUCAGGCAUCUUGGACUCUUGGUUGGAGGGUGAUGCCAUCUGCGAUCUACUUCAAGGGAUGGUUCACAUUGGCGGUGAUCCGGCCGCUCGCGGCCUCUCGCAACGCAGGCCAUCGGACACGGCGGACUUGAUACUCCCCCGAUUCCUUGCCAUCUUCGACGAAAUCAUCCAUCAACUGCCCUCAACCAUCAGCCGACUGGACUCAUCCUCGAGCGCGGAUCCCCUAUUCCACCAUCCAAAGUAUAUCGACCUUCUGCUCCAGCUUUCUCCCAUACUGGACGAAGAGUACGCCGCAACAGUCAUAGGUCACUACAAACGCGAAAGCCUAUGUCUACCAUUCAUCACUGGCUGGCUCGACAAUAUCGACAAACUUCUGCAGGCAUUCUUCUUCACUGCAGCAGACCUUCCAACUGCGCGAUCUAGCGUCGUGAACUUCCUCUUUGGAGAGGUGUACAGCUAUGCGAAUGAAGUCUCGGAGAAGCGAACCAAGCUGGUCAACCGGAUUAUCUUACCUUUCAUGGAGCGAGCAUUGCAGCAAGAUCAAGACUCAGAAUUCUUGAAGAUGACUCUACAAGUCUUGGUCGAUGCAGCCAUCGCCGAAACUGCAGAUCGAGAUGCUGACGUUCGACAAUGGAGGGGAUCAUUAAACGCCGAGGAACUGGAACAUGAAGACUUCGCGACUCGACCCUGUGCCAAAAUUCAGGAAGCAGCUUCUGGAGGAUACUUCAACAAAAUCCGAAGCAUCAUCAUCAAAGUUGCAACUCAAAUGCCAUGUAGGAGCGAUGGUCUCGUACCUGCGCCGCAACGACAUGCUCUGGGUCUUUCAGCCCUGCCGCCACCUGGCACGUCGGGCGUGAUCUCGAGUGGCUCGUCUCAUUCUGGGAUGGACAGUCCCGCUCCGCAACGAAAUGUCAAGGGCAAAGAGACCGCUGGAUCGGCUCUUCGAGGUCUCAUGGAAGCCUUGUCACCUCCUUCGAAAAGCCGGGAUCUCACACCUGCGAGCUCGAGUGUCGCUUCUCCGACGGUUGAAAUGGAGGUGCCUUCCUUAGAAGCUGCGGCUCUCAGCAUCAGCAAUCCCCCAAGUGCAUCACCGCUCUCUGCGGGUCCAACCCUUCCUCCCGUCAUCCCUCACAACGAUUGCAAGUCGUCAAUCGCUGUUAGUUCCCUCAUCACCAUGUUUAUUCACCUGGCUUUUGCCCCUAGUCCUAAAUCCCAGUUCUCGACCUUUGCUGUGCCUCCCAGAUCGCCUUCAACGAUGCGGACGAUCGUUCUGUUCCAGGACCUUCUGCAUCUGCUCCACCCGCUCAGCGAGAGUGGGUCUGGCGAUCGGAUACAAGCUCGUUGCCCUAGAGCAAGGCUGAGUAUCCUUCAGCUCAUGAUGCGUCUUCGAGCAGACAGCCAACAUCAGAUUUAUCUCCGUGGCAAUCUUGAUUCUGGCGCUUUGCCAUAUGCGUUGAUUCUUAAGCGUACGGUCGAAAGUGAAGCCGAAAAACGAGCAGAGCUGGAAAUGUCCCAACGCAAAGCCUCUGCGCGGCAAGCGAGGGUCGAAUCUGGCACUGGCACUGGUGAAGAUCGAGGUCGAGCAGGUCGGACAUCUGAACCGACCAAUCGAAGUAGAAGUCGGUCGACUCAGCCAACUGGGGUGACGACUUCGGACACGAGUUCGGGCUACGGUACUCUCUGGCGGAUCCCUGAUCGUCUCGGGUUCAAUAUGCCUCCCGGAAUCGUUGUUACGGGCGGGAUAGCAACGUAUGAUCCGAGUCAUCCUCUCCUCAAGGACUCUGUAGUCACUCAUGUCGAGGGCGUGUGGCUACCGGUGUCGCAGUAUGUCCGAACCCUGAUCGGUAUCCUUCGCGGUAACGACUGGGAAUUGGUCUCUUACAUCUUCACAUUCCUCCCGCUCCAGAUCAGCAACAAGCUCUUCUUCCACGGGGUCGAAGCUACGCGAGAAAUUCGAUCACUCUUGGAUCUCCUGUGUAGUGGUGUGCUCGCACUUGAUCCCUGGGAGAGGCGCUUCUCCACCCCUGCCUUCAUCAAGCGCGUGGACAUCAACGCCGCGGCGUACCAUACGCUUUCCAUACUUAUUGCCUAUCGUGGACUGUUCAGUCGAGCGGAGUGCGAUAGACUAGUUCAAGCUUUCAUGACCGGUUUACAAGGCAAAGGUGAUGUCGCCAAACCUUGUAUACAGGCUCUAGCGGUUGCAGUAUUUGAGCUCGAAUCGUCAGUGUCACGCAACCUGUUGGAGAUUGUUCGAGCCAUGAUCAGUAUUCUCACUACGACCGGCCUUGCUGUCCACAUCUUGGAAUUCCUGAUAUCCCUUGGGCAAAAUGGCGCGCUGUUUCGAAACUUUACAGAUGAACAAUAUCGACUGGUAUUCCGGGUGGCUAUCACAUACAUUACGGAGCAUAACGCGCGAUCAGAUCAGACGGUCGACCUCACGGAUCCAGUCACUCGCGAAGCCUACGUCUUGUCUCAGCAUGUCAUCGGCUUGGCGUAUUAUGCGAUUUAUAUUUGGUUUAUGGCCCUGAGACUUCCUCAGCGGCCAACGGUAGCGUCAGAGAUCACACGAGAGCUCCUCAAAGGUAGAUCUCAGCGGCUAAACCUCGACGAAAUGGUCGAAGUUUGUUUUGAUUGGCUUGCGCGGUAUACGUAUGGAAAUGCCGACCCUAAGCCAGCCACAUCGUUCCUGUCCGAGAUUGUCAUGCAGGACGACGGUGGUGAGCCACCAAAGUCGCAGAGCUGGUUACUCGGAGGGAGCAUUGUGACUGUCACAACGCACUCACGUACUGGCUGGGCGACGAUCACCACCACCCGACCCACGGGAUCGACUUCGGUGAUUUGCAAGUUGGAGAACGUACCGCAUCUCGAUCUGGGCGAAGACAAUGCGGAUCUAGUAUCCUUGCCGGCAGUUCUCAUGGCAGACAGGGAGUCGAAACCGGCCAGUAUUGAGGCGGACAGUGUUGGCGGCGGAGAAGCGCAAAGUGAGACCAGUAUGCCCGAGGCAAACGCUACAUCGGCGGACACAUCAGAAAGGUAUGCGUCUGACGCCCCGAUAACCGACGACAAGGGCGAUCGAAUACCGUCUGCCAAGGACAUUGUCAAUGUUCAGUCUUCUGGCCAAUCGACUGCCGCGACAUUCGACCAGGGCUCUCAACAUGGAUACGUCUGGUCUGGCGCGACACCUUCUCAACGACGCAAAGACGUAUCGAUCGAACCCUCCUACAUUGCCCUUCAAUUGUUGUCAUCGUAUCCAAAUGCCAGCCUUGAAUCACCUCGUGGUCGUCUGAUCCCAAAUGACGAUCGCUUCGCUCGGGCUCUGCGAGGUAUACAAAACACGCCAGUCAUCGAUACUUUGAAGAUCGCCGUGUUGUACGUUGGUCGAGAUCAAACGACGGAACAGGAAAUCCUCAGCAACACCGAUGGUCCGCGACCUUACCUUGAUUUCCUUGCUGGUCUGGGUCGGUUGAUUCGGCUGAAAGGCCAAGUCGACGUCUUUGUCGGAGGGCUGAAUCGAGACAAUGACAGUGAUGGUCAAUAUGCCUAUGCGUGGUGGGACGAUCUGACCCAAAUGAUCUUGCAUACCCCUACGAUGAUGCCAAACGAUCCCAGUGAUCCUACUCGAUCCCGUAAGAAGCGUUUGGUCGGUAACGAUAUGAUCAAGAUCGUUUACAAUGAUUCCGGACGAGAAUUCGCAUUUGACACUAUCAAAACUCAAUUUAAUUGGAUCAACAUUGUGGUUUCACCCCAUUCCCUCGCGCCAGGCGAAGAUGAUCUACCAGUCGGUGCGCUGAGGACCGGUUGGAGGGAUCCUCUGCACGGACCUUGGGCCGGACAAGGCAUUCCGAAAUCUGGCGAUACGUGGUUGGAUUGGGAUCGUGAAGAUUGGUUCAAAGUGACUCUUCAACGCGCGGAUGGAAUACCCGAUUUUAGUCCCAUUGGAACGCACAAACUUGUUUCAAAGAAGACUCUACCGAUCAUGGUCAGGGAGAUUGCCCAUCUCGCCAAUGACAUGGCGUCGAGAUACGUCAACGUGAGGGAUGCGACGGAUGCUGCGAAGGCAGAAUACAUCACAAGCUGGCGAAGUAGGCUGAGGGCAAUGUCGAGGUUGAAGCAGAUGCUACCACCGAUCGAAUUGCCUCCUGCGGAUGACAUUGAGGCGAGGGAGCAAAUGCUGAGAGACUUCACUCGCAUCUUCUCCGAUCGCUCCGCAAGCAAAGACUAGGAGAUCAUGCUCAGAGCAGAACUGCGGGGCAGUUGAAGAGGUCGGGUGGUCCUUUCAAGCAGAAUUGAAACCGAAUGUUUCCAACC